AUGGACUCUUCCUCUCGACAAACACUCUCAGAAAUGUUUGAUCAUUUGGAUAAAUGGAGGAAGACGAGAAAGGCCAAAAAGAGAGACCCUCUCAAGUUUAAGUGGUCUCAGUUUCAUCUUUCUGUGGUUCACGGUUAUGUCUUAAAACUAAACCUCACCCCACAUUCCGACCUUCUGACCCGGGCCAAGCUGCUCAACCCUGAAUUCUCCAACCUCGUACCUGAAAAUACUGCUGAACACGACCAGAAAGUGGCGUCUCUCACCCACGCGUUUCAGGAAGUUUUCGUCGUCCCAGAGGAACACCAGUUGUUCGAGAGGGGCGACGAGGAUCCAGUCGAUAAAAAUGGGAUGAUCGCAGCCUUCAUGGAUAUGCUUCUGCGCUUGCUGCAUAACCGGCCUGGUUCGGUGAAUCCAAUUGAGGAUAAAAUUGACUCUCUGCGAAAGAUGAUGAGAUUUCUUCUCGCUGUUCUUGGCCAGGAUCAACAAACUCAUCAUCUCUUCUUGACAGAAUUUGAGAAAGUUGCCAAUAAAGCUGGGAGUUUGGUUCAUCUCAUCAUUUUCUCAACUGAUUCAAUAUCCAAAGCGGUUGAAGAGGGCUUUGGAGCUCUUCUACGACGCAUGGACGACUUGAAAUCCAGAAUCAUCAAGCGAGCUAUUACUGAACCGAAUGCAACUCCGAAGACAGCUGCAGGGGAUUCUCUCUUUAUUGUCGAUUCUUUACUUGAUGAUCUCGGAGAUCUAUUGAGCAGGGAGGAUGAUAUGAUUGCUCAUGUGAAGGAUCAAAUCAAAAUGCUGCAGCAUGAGCUAAGGCUUUCCAUCUCUCUGAUCAAGGAUUCUCGACUUCCGGGGAUGGAAGGGUAUGUGAUGAGACUUGCCUACGAAGCAGAGUAUUUAAUCAACUCUUUCUUGGUUGAAGAUGCUUCUUGCAGGUAUUUCUCCAUCAACCUAUCUCAUGUCAUCAACAAAAUUAAGUCUAUCAAGCCAGUGAUCCAAGUACGUGAAAAUAAUCUUGACGUCCUUAACUUAAUAUUCAAACAACUAUCAAUAGAAAACAAUAGUAGUAGUAAUGUUGAAGAAGUAGUUGGCUUUGAGGACAAGGAAUUGGAAAUUCUGCAGUAUCUCGAUGGUGGAUCGGAGAAUUUGCAAAUUGUAGCCGUGUGUGGGAUGCCUGGUGUUGGUAAGACAACUUUAGCCAAGAAAACGUAUAAUCAUCCCUCUUUUAUACAUAAGUUUGAUGCAUGCUCCUGGUGUGUAGUUUCCCAGAAAUACCAAAUGAAAAAUCUGUUGAUUGACAUUCUUGUUAAUUUAAAAGUGGUGUUGGAGAAGGAAGACAUGCUCAAUACCGGCGAAGAAAGCUUAAAAGUAGUGAUUCACCAAAUUUUAUAUAAAAGAAGAUACCUAAUUGUGAUGGAUGAUGUGUGGGGUUCGGAGGUAUGGGAUGAUUUACAAGCAUGCUUCCCGGAUAACAAAAACGGGAGCCGGAUAUUGUUGACAAGCAGGAACAGGAAAGUGGCUCCACCUGACAGCAUAAUAUGUGAGCUUCCCCUUAUGUCAAAUAAACAUUGCUGGAAACUACUAAGGAAGAAGGUGUUCCAAGACCAACCUUUCCCUCCAAAUCUGAAAAAGACUGCGAAGAGAAUCGCAAGAAAGUGUCGAGGGCUUCCACUUGCAGUUGUUGUUGUAGCUGGUAUUCUUUCUCGCAUGGACAAGCAAGACAGUACAUGGAGAAAAGUGGAAGGAAAUUUAGCAAAACAUAUGCAUGCUGAUGAAGACAAUGUGAUGAUGCAAAUUGUGGAACUCAGUUAUGCUAAUCUAGCAGAUCACCUGCAACCGUGCUUUCUUUAUUUUGGAGUGUUUCCACAAGGUGAGCAAAUCCUCGUUGCGGAGCUGCUGAGGCUUUGGAUUGCUGAGGGAUUCAUACGCAAAGAAGAGACGAGGAAGACAGAGAUUGAAGCAGAAAAAUACUUAAUGGAGCUGAUUGAUAGGAGCCUUGUAACUGUUGCAAGAAGUAGAUCAGAUGGUGGAAUUAAAGAUUGUGUUGUUCAUGAUCUAUUGCAUGAGUUCUGCUUGAAAAGAUGCAAGGAAGAAAACUUACACACAGUGGUGGACAAAAACUACUCCAUAAACAAGAAGCACCAGCGCCUAUGUAUCCGUGAUUUCACAAGCUCUCCAAGAUCACCUCUGUUUGGGCUGCAUAUUCGCUCGAUUCUUGGCUGUUUCCCAACAUCUGGUUUCCUCAACAUGAAAUUACUGAGAGUCCUCCUUUUGCAGGGACUAGUCUCUUAUGGGAGCUUGAAUGAAAUCAGACAUCUAUAUAACCUAAGAUGCUUGGCAAUAGGAUAUGGCUUGUCGUCACCACAACUAGAGGAACUCAAACUAGCCUUCCUCAGCAGCCUUGUCAACCUAGAAUUUCUCCAAGUGAUGUCUCAAUUCUACUUGGUAUGUGUACCCUCAGCAAUAGCCAGAAUGAAGAAGUUGAGAUACAUCAAUGUAAACACCCAAGUGUAUUUCGGCAAAGACAGUAGCUCCCAACCCAAUAACCUUGAGUUCCUCUCCAAGGUUACCAUUCGGGAUCUAAACGACGAAAACAUGCUGAAAUGUUCACCUAAUCUUCGGGAACUCAAAUGCAAGUGCUUUCCACUUGUGGUGGAAGAGACAGGGGAGCUCCGGUAUCCUGAUUUCAGCUUCUUUACUCAGCUCGAGUUGCUACACUUGGAAGGUAGCUUCAUCAACACAAUCGCGGAUAUUAGCCUUCCCUCAAAUGUGAAGGAGCUCACUCUGUCUGGAUUGUACUUGCCAUGGGAGAAGAUCUCAGUGAUUGGAAGAUUGCAAAACCUUCAAAACCUGAAGCUAUUGUUUGGCGCCUUUGACGGCGAGAUAUGGGAGACGAGAGAGGGGGAGUUCCAGCAGCUCAGAGAGUUGGUGCUCAAGACAGUGUAUGAUCUGAGAGAGUGGAAGGUUGAGAGCAGCGAUCAUUUUCCAAGGCUGCGGUGGUUAGUUUUGGAUGACUGCCAGCAUUUGCAAGAGAUUCCGGCGGCGGUGGGAGAAAUAGACACGCUGGAGGUGGUUGAGAUCAAAGGGUACUGCCAGGAGACAUUGAUGAAGUCUGCAGAAGAGAUAGAGAAAGAGCAAAGAGAAGCUGGGAACGAUGGGCUUAAGUUCCAUCUCCACAAGAUUAUCGGCUUGACAUCUGAAACAGCUUCCAGCUUCUUCUUGUCUCUGCUUAGUUAACUACAGUGGUUGCUUACCCAUUUUCUAUGAUCAGAUGCAGAUAUUGAAUUUUACUCUGUUAUUCUUCUUUAACUAAUGUUGGUCUUUCAAGUUUUCAACUAUUGUUUUCCUUUUGUCAUAAUAAUGGUAUUUGACCGGAUCAUCUAUUUCAAAAUCACCUUCCUA